UUACAAUGUUGUUGCUGAUUGACAGCUAACGAUUACUUGCAUGUGGGGCUUGUAGGAUAGCUGCAUGUCUGGACAUGUAUGUAGGAAGUCGUUGUUGUGAUUGUUUUGCUGACAGACAGGCACUUUGAUGACAUAUGGCUUUGUCAAAGUGACCUCUCACAGUUCAUAUUACAUGUCCAUCUGCUAAGUGUUAGAAGAGGGUGUAUAGAAGAGACACCUCUACCAGAAAAAACAACCACAUAAUACGCUAGAGAAGAAUACAUGUACAUCUUUAACACUAUAGAAUAUAGUCAUAAACAUAUUUCCAAGCAGUUUGGUUUCGCAGUGCAGUUUUAGACUAAUCGGGUACAGGUUAUCGACAGAAAGGUGCUCUUGUUAGCAGUAGCAUACUGAAGCGAUCAUUAUGAGUGGUCAAGGUCCGUCGGUAGAUAAAGGGAUGAACACCAUCCUGGUGUGUCAGGAGAGCUACGCCUGCGGUGGCUCAGAUGAGGCCGCCUUUGAAUGCGACGAGUGCGGCAGCCUGCAGUGCGUCCGCUGCGAGCUGGAGCUCCAUCGUCAGGAACGCAUGAGGAACCAUGACCGUGUCCGCAUCGCCCCGGGACACGUUCCAUUCUGUGACUCUUGUAAGGGCGACAGCAGCGGGUGUGGGGUGAACGGGGGCAGGCUGAGGGCGGUGGUGCGCUGCCAGGGCUGUAAAAUCAACCUGUGUCUGGAUUGCCAGAAGCGGACCCAUAGCGGGGUAAACAAGAGGAAGCACCCCGUGACCCCCUACCCUCCUCCCGGUCAAGUCCAGGAUAGUAGCCUGGAGGCUGGGGAUGGAGGGGAGAUGGAGGCCCUCAAGGCAAAACUAGAGAAGGUGCGCAGCUUCUUACUGGUGGAUGCGAAGGAGGAGAUGCAGUUGAAGGAUGAGGAAGCCUUUGUGAGCCGGCUGGACUGUAGACCUGAGGAACUCCUCAAGGUCGUGUCUAUCUUCGGGAACACAGGGGAGGGGAAGUCCCACACACUGAACCAUACCUUCUUCCUGGGGCGGGAGGUGUUCCAGACGUCCCCCACCCAGGAGUCAUGUACCGUGGGGGUUUGGGCUGCCAUGGAUCCCAUCCACAGAGUGGUGGUGAUCGACACAGAGGGACUGCUGGGGGCAGGAUCCAAUCAGGGCCAGCGCACCCGGCUGCUCCUCAAAGUCCUAGCCGUCUCCGACCUCAUCAUCUACCGUACCCACGCCGACCGUCUCCACGACGACCUGUUCAAGUUCCUAGGCGACGCGUCGGACGCCUAUCUGAAGCACUUCACCAGGGAGCUGAAGGCCACUACGGCCCGGUGUGGCCUGGACGUCCCUCUGUCCACUCUGGGACCAGCUGUUAUUAUCUUCCACGAGACCGUCCACACCAAGCUACUGGGCUCAGACAACCCAUCAGAGUCUGCAGAGCGUCUGCUUCAGGAGCGUUUCAGAAAGCUGGGUCUUUUCCCCGAGGCCUUCAGCUCCAUCCAGUACCGCGGGACUCGAACCUACAACCCCCCGACAGACUUCAGCGGUCUCCUGCGUAGUCUGGAGCAACAGUUAGAUAACAACACUACCCGCUCACCACGUUCUGCAAACGUUAUAUACAGAGCCCUGCAGGCCCUGAGUGAGCGUUUCAGUGGGGAUAUCCCAGAAGAGCACCUGGCCAGUAGCUCUUUCUUCCCUGAUGAAUACUUCACCUGCUCCAGUAUCUGUCUCAGCUGUGGGUCUGGCUGUGUGAACAGUAUGAACCAUCUGAAAGAGGAAGUGGAUCACGAGGCUAAACACCGCUGUCGCUACACUGCUCAAUACGACAACCGCAUCUACACCUGUAAAGCGUGCUAUGAGGGAGGGAAGGAGGUGAUUGUGAUUCCCAAGACGACAGCCUCCUCUGACUCUCCCUGGUUUGGUCUGGCCACGUACGCCUGGUCUGGGUAUGUGAUAGAGUGUCCCAACUGUGGAGUGAUCUACAGAAGUAGGCAGUACUGGUACGGGAACCAGGACCCAGUGGACACAGUGGUCAGGACUGAAAUACAACACAUCUGGCCUGGGUCGGAUGGUUUUCUGAAGGACAACAACAAUGCAGCUCAGCGACUGUUGGACGGUGUGAACUACAUCUCCCAGAGUGUGUCAGAGCUCAGUGUGAAACCUGCCAAAGCCGUCACUUCCUGGCUGACCGACCAGAUUGCCCCGGCCUACUGGAAACCCAACUCCCUCAUCCUGAAAUGUUCUAAGUGCAGUGAGGUGUUCCAGGACAACGAUACUAAGCACCACUGCCGUGCCUGUGGAGAGGGCUUCUGUGACGGCUGCUCCACCAAGAACCGCCCUGUUCCUGAGAGGGGCUGGGGGCUCGCCCCCGUACGGGUCUGUGAUGCCUGCUUUCUGAACCGCAUCGUCUCAGAAGAGCUGCUGGAUGCAGCGUUGGAGGAGGAGGAAGGAGGGACACUCAGUAGGAGAGUAGGAGAGGCUGUUCAGAAUACACUGGGAGCUGUGGUCACUGCUACAUACAUCCCUCUGGGUCUGAUGAAGGAUGCAGCUCGUCCAGCCUACUGGGUUCCAGACCAAGAUAUCCGAUGCUGCUGUGAGUGUCAGAGAGACUUCUCUGCCCCGCGUCUCUCCAUCCACCACUGCAGGGCCUGCGGCCAGGGAGGGUGGGUCGACUGCUCCCCUGAACGCAGAGCGGUGCCCUCUAGGGGUUGGGACCACCCGGUGCGUGUCUGCAACACCUGCCUCCAGAAACCGGGGGGACCUCUAGUAGGAGAUAGGGAACAUAUUGGCACCCUAUUCAAAAGUAGGGCACUAUAUAUGGACUGGGACGCAACCAGAGAGACAGUUAAGGGUUGUGUUCAUUAGGCUCGAAAUGGAAGAAAAUACUCCAAAACAGGGAGGGAACUAUCUGUACUUGUCCAAUAAGAAAGCUUCUAAACCUUUUUUUUUGCUACUACGGUGUGCCCUAAUGAACACGACCCAGGUUCCACCUAACGCUGUGGAACUCCCAGUCUCUCUGUGGCUCGGGCCAGGGAGUUCUUGUUAGUCAUUGUGAUGUCAUCCGUCCUAAAGCCAUUGGGUGUCACUUCAUCCGAGAGGGAGAGAGUUACGUUCCAUGGCUUUAAAGAAGUCCAUUCCAUGUUUUAAGAUGAUUAGCCUGAAUAACUACCAAUCUGUAUAAUAAUCUCGGACGCUGGGUGGUUGUAUAUGAGCUUUUUAAACGGCACAGACAGACAAUAAUAGAAUAGCGUUAAUUCCAUAUAUACACUACCAGUCAAAAGUUUGGACACACCUACUCAUUCAAGGGUUUUUCUUUAUUUUCUACAUUGUAGAAUAAUAGUGAAGACAUCAAAACUAUGAAAUAACACAUAGAAUCAUGUAGUAACCAAAAAAACGUGUUCAACAAAUCAAGCAUUCCAGGUGAAGCUGGUUGAGAGAAUGCCAAGAGUGUGCAACGCUGUCAAGGCAAAGGGUGGCUACUUUGAAGAAUCUCAAAUACAUUUUGAUUUGUUUAACACUUUUUUGACUGUAAUAAUAUGAGAAGUUUACUACAGUGGGGGAAAAGUGAUUUGUUUUGUAUAACAUGGCCUCUUUUUGUUUUGUAAACAGUAUACAAUACUAUCUCAAGCCCCAUUUCUACCUGGUGCUAACAUGGGUCCUGAUCUUGACUACAUUCUGAUUUUCCCACAUUUCUAAAAAUGUGUCCGUUAUCCAUCCACUGUGUCCGUUAUCCAUCUACUGUGUCCGUUAUUCAUCCACUGUGUCUGCGUUGUGACCAAAUUUCUUCGUCCACUUUAUCAAAAAUGAUUUCACAGCUAUUCUUUCAAAAACAUUAUAUAUUUUAAAGACACAUAUUGAUGUAAUCAGUCAAUCGUGCCACCUGUCGAUGAUUUAAAUGGUUUCUCUGUCCAGAUCUGUCGACACUUGUAAGAUAUCCAGACAAUGAGCGUCUGACUACCUCCAGGGGUGGGCAGGAUGAUCGGAUCACAAUGAGUCUUUUUUGAUCGUCUACACCAGUCUGAAAAUGUGGGCACAAUCAGAAUGUGGACAAGAUCAGGACAAAGGACGCAAGUUAAAACCAGGUAUAAACAGGGCUGCAGACUGACUGUCGAAUAGAUUGCUGAGUGGGAACCAUGGAACCAUGGAAUGAUUAGAAUGUGAACCAUUCUAAUUCUACAAUAUAAGUUGCCUUCAAAUAGUGAAUGGCUCACAGUGUGUAGAAUAGCUUGAUUGAAAGGAUAUCAACACUCUUUGGGGCUGGACCCUGAAACAUUCAGUUCAUAGUAUAUAAACCAUCACACCACCUGAGACUGUGGUAGCUAGCUGUGCUUAAUAAUAUUAGCUGAAAUUAUCUAGCCUGGUCUCAGAUCUGUUCGUGCUGUUUUGAUGACACUUACAAUAGGAGUUGGCGAAACACAUUUUAGGUCCCAGGCUAAAAAGUAUGGGGUAGGUGCAGAGGAACUGACUGGAAUCACUGGAACAGGCAUCAUCUCAUAUAGAACACUGCUUAAGAUAGACUGAAGAUCAGAACCAUUUGUCUGUUUUAAUGUACCAUGUGUGCUUACGUAAUAAACUUGACAACCUCAGGGUGUGGUUCUAGAACAAGCAGAA